CCGAUGGGGAAGGCGCCUGUUCAUGACACUAGGAGAAUAUUCUAGGCACUCUAAAGCGGCCGAGCCACUAUCGCCACAUGUCAAGCGCGUCUAUGUGAAGUGGCCAAUGAACCUUGUACCAUGAAUCUGGUGUGCUCAUAUCUUCUGGCUACUUUGGUCUCAAGCACCGCAUCAGAGGUUCAGAAGCUCUACAAUCUGCCAGAGGAACACAUGGGUGCAUUCUUUCGUAACAAUCCUGAAGCUGCACACAGCUGUAUGGAGGAACCUGGGUGCCCAUACAAGCAUUUCAUCAAUGCAACAUCUUGCUGGGGAUAUGAGCCUGACUGCUCUGCACAAAACAGAUACAAUGUUGUCUCCUGUCCCGAGGAUUCAGCUGGCUGGGCACCAAACAAACAGCAACAGCAGCACUUUUUCUUCAACCAGGGUGACUUUGGCUUCAUCCGUGAGCGCAACAAGACUCUCAGCGUUCUUUGUCGACCACACGAACUGGGUGCUUCGUUGCUGGAAUGCGUUAGUCACAUGGAACUGUGUCGGGCCAAGAACAUUCGCCUGGACUUCAAGCGGUUGCUUAAUAUGACUGGGCUCGUGAAGUAUCGAGAAGAUAUCCUUGGGCCUGGCCUGGUUGGUGGCUACUGUCGGCUAGACAAGGACUCCCUACGCCUUCAAGGAGACCGCAAGAGUCCAUUACAGUCGUGGUUUGCUGAACUGGAGCACUUUGAAGAGAUGCCUUUUGAGGGCUGCGAUGUUGUCCUAGACCGGCCGACUGUCCUCAUGAAGCUCGAUGCAACUGUGAACAUGUACCACCACUUCUGCGACUUCCUCAACCUGUACGUCAGCAUGCACUUCAAUAAUACCCUCGCCGGCGAUUUUGACAUUCUCAUCUGGGACACGGUACCUUACAGGGGCACCUUCCUGCCAAUGUGGUCAGCGUUUCAUUCAGGAAAGCUGAGAAGCCUGUCCGAGUUUCAAGGAAAGAAGGUGUGUAUGAAUUCUCAACAGGCGUUUUUCAAGCACAUGAGUGCCGCCAACUGCAUGGUGUACGACACUCAUAGGAAGUGGGUGUACAGUGCAAAGCUGCAGCGAUGA